UAAUCUCUCGUCCCGUCGUCGCGAAAGCGCGGAACAAAACAGAGAAAAUACGGUAAAUUCGCCUCCAGAUCGUUCUGCAGUUUGUUUAUUUGUCUGGCGUAGAUCCGAUAAAACCUAUUCCGGUUAUUCCCGGUUGAUCGAGGCGCGGAUUCGGCCGUGGAAAUAGCGGAGAUUCCUCGGAAACUGUUCGACUCCGAGCACGUGGACGCCCGAAACAGGAAACCCGCGAAUUCGAACGGCAGCAGGUUCCGUUCACCGCGAACCCCGGGAGGCGAGCGAUUCGCGUAAGGCGAGACAGAUGCUGCUCCUGGUACUGGCGGGACUCUUCGUUGAAUUUUCCGUCGGAUUUCGUGGACCACAUCAUCCCAAGAGCGGGAUUUCGCAUCAUCAUUACGCCCCGCAAAAGGAUGGUUUAAAACUGACCCAGGACGCCGAACUUUUACACGACGCCAGCCAUUUGAAAGAAGACUUGGGUGCCUUAGCGGAUCAAUUGGAUCUCUCGAAAAUGUCUGAUCAGGAAUUGGAGUUCUAUUAUUUCAACUUCCACGAUAUUGACAAUAACACCAAACUUGACGGUUUGGAAAUCCUUAAUGCAAUUCUGCAUACUUUGCACCAACACGAAGGAGACGAAAGGACUGAAUAUGAAACAGCUCGGGAAAAUCUAGAAGAACUGCCUAGGAUUAUUGGAUGUGGCGGAAAGAAGACAAACAGCACAGCGAUUAAUUUGCUCUGUUAUCUAAUUGACAAUGUGCUUGAAGAAGACGAUCUGGACAACGAUGGAUACUUGGGAUACAUCGAAUACGUGCUCGGAAGACAACGGGAUGAAAAUACAGAAGCGAAAAGAGAUAAAAAGCUCAUAAUACCAUAGUAUAAGGUCUAGAUCGAUUGGCAUUACUGGCUUAUAGUGAUUUCGUGUAAUUAAGAUCGCGAGGACCUGGCUCAGAGGAAAGAUUCAAAUUAUCGAAAGGAGGUUAGGUGUACGAAUUAUUCAAGGUAUGUACAUCUGAAAUUUAUACACAUGAUGAAAUAAUACGCGAAGACCCGCAAGACUAGACGUAAUUAAAUUUUAUUCGCACAAUUAUUAUUGCGGAAAACGCGAAAAUAUCAAAUUCAGUUUCGGGUCAAUGUAUUUUCCUGGAAUAUGAAAGUUUUAUACUUAUCGUUACUAUAACUGGUGAUACGGUGUAGAAAGAAAAUAAGUACGCUGUCUUUCUACUGUGAACUGCAAAAUCAGUGCCAAUCAAUUUAUUCCACGUAUUGGAGUUCGCUAGAUAUUAAGUAUGUACGUAACAUAUAUAUAUGACAUAGAAAUGUAUACACAAAUUUUUAUUUAUAUAACUGAUUAUACAGUGAUAGUUUUGUAUUGUAUUGAAACAGUUACGGAUAGUACUGUACGGAUAGAAAAUUAUUCAUACGGUCAUAUCAUUCGAGACGAUAUUUCAAUAGUUCUCAAUAUUAUCCCUUGCUAUUUCAAUAAUAUAUCAAUUGGCCGUACCCAUAUCUUUAGUAAUAAAAUAAACUCAAAUAUCUCUAUUCUGUGGAAGAAUACCAAAAGUAUUUCGGUUUCUUCUCAGACGUUCCGUGAUUAAAAGUUAAUAAUCUAUCGAUAGUCUGGAUUGAAAAA